UCUACCUCUCACUCAUCUUUGCGCAUUGCUGUAGACUGUUCAUAAGAUCACUGCAUCAAUUCAACUUUGUUCAUUAGAUCUUCUUUCUUAGAAUAUCAUGGUCUUUGAUAUCUCCAACCCAGGGCUUCAACUAGGUCUUGGUCUUGGCCUCCAUGAUCAGUCACAAGAAACUUGCAUGAAGAGCCAUGAACGAAGGCGAAGACAAAGACAGAGCCAGAAAAAGAAGGAAGCGGAUCCACGUAAGAACAAGACUCACCCAUCACUUAGGUUAGGACCGCCCCAUGAUGAUGAUGCAAAUAAUAAUCAUCAAGUUACAAAGACUGAUUCCGAUGAAUGUUGUGAUGAUUUUCACGGUCGUGCUUCUCCUCCGAGUGCAGUGUCUUCGUUUCUUAACUCAUCAAGCAUCAUCAAGAGAGAGCGAGAUCGUGAAGAAGUUGAGUUAGAGGUAGAGAAGUUUCCCUCAAACUUAAGAGUCGUGGAUCUUCAUGAAUAUGGUAAUUACUCCAAGAAGAAGCUUAGACUCACCAAAGAACAAUCUGCAGUCUUGGAAGAUAGCUUCAAAGACCAUUCUACUCUCACUCUGACACAGAAGCAAGAAUUGGCAAAGAAACUGAAUCUGCGGGCGAGACAAGUGGAGGUAUGGUUUCAGAACAGAAGAGCGAGGACAAAACUGAAGCAAACGGAAAUGAACUGUGAGAUACUGAAAAAGUGCUGCGAAAGUCUAACAGAGGAGAACAAGAUGCUGCAAAAAGAGUUGGAAGAGCUUAAAUUGAUGAAAACAGCAUUGCAGGGACCCAUUUUUAUGCAGCUUCCAGUGCCAACCCUUACGAUAUGCCCUUCCUGUCAGAGAAUUUCCGGUGGCAGCGCCGCCACCACCACCGACAAUGCCUCCUCUUCUACCACCACCACCACCUUGCUUGUGGGUCCAAAGCUCCCCCACUUCUAUAAAAAUAACUACACAUUCACACAAUCAUCUGCAGCUUGCUAGCUAAAUAAUACAACUUAGUCAAAUAUUAAUAAAUUCAACUUUUUUUCUGUUAAAAAUCAUUUAAAAUUAUGAUGAAAGUGUAUUCGUAUCACUUUCUUUCUUUUUUAUCAUUUUUUCUAGUUUUAGUUUCUUAUGUAUAUCACCUCUACCAAUGAUAUACACAGUAUAUAUAAUCCUUCUGCAAUUAUUUUGGUGGAAAUUUAUCCUGUAAUAUUGUAAAAAUGGUCGAUCAACGUGCAGCUUAAUUAUUGUUAAUGCAUGUGAUUUAGCUACAAGAAAGUGUAUCAGUUUACUCGAAUCUCAUUGGUCAUAGAUUA